GUGACCGCUUUCGAUCGGUUUCGUCCACGUUCCGUCGUAAACGUGUACACUGUUGUCGGUGCGCGCACGCAGAUGCACGUAUAUAUACAUACUUGUACAUAUGUAAAGGAAUAUAUAUCGACUCGCGUAGUCGCGACGCAAGGGCAGGGUCGUCGCCAGUGUCAGUACGUCUCGCGACGUCGACGGGACUUGUGUUCGUGGUAAAGUCCGUAGAUUAGCAUAUUUAGUGUUCGCCGGUAGUCCAAUAGUAUUUUAAUACGUAUUUUUUUAACGUUACGAGAACAGACUGCGUCAGAGGAUAAAAAACUUUACGAUACGUCCAAUACAACCAACCCAAUACCACAAAGUCGUUUGUAUUUUCGUCCUGACGAGAGCCGGUACCACGCCGUGUCGUUCACCUCUGGCCAGGAGGAGAACGAAAUUUUCGGAAAAUCUCUUGAAAACUGUGAUUUCCCCCCUCCCCAUUGUCGACGGUGAGAUUCGGUAUUUUUCUAGUGUUUCUUACAAACCUGGCCUUUUUAUUCGACGACUCGAUGUUAACGAGGAAAGCACUUAGUCGAUCGUAAUCGCGAAUUAUACGGGCGAGUGUCGCGACUAACGGUGGGGCGUUUGCAAUUGGAGAAUAGAAGGGAUAUAGAAAAGGACAAGGUAUAAGUGAAAAUGGGAUGCAACACGAGCAAGGAGAGCGUUCAGUCGGUAGGGGAUGAAGCGAAGGAGGACGUUAAGAACGGCGAUAUACCAAAAGCUUCCGAGGGCAGCCCGGCGAAAGUAGAGCAAGAGUCCCCUCGCGAGAAGUCAGGGGAGACGAAGGAGCCAAAAGAGUCGCAGGAAAAGGAAGACACAGUCGCGGAUCAAGAAAGGGAGAAAGCCGCGACGAGAAUACAAGCGGCGUUCCGCGGCCUACACGUUAGGAAGAGUAUGAAAGAGACUGAAUCCUCGACAAAGCAGACGGGGACCAAAUCCGAUCCAGACCCUACCAAAGAACAACUUCAGGAGGAAUUCCGCGCCGACGACAAGGAGCUCUGCGACGCGGCAACGAAAAUCCAGGCAUCCUUCAGAGGCCACAUGUCGAGAAAGGAGCAAGCUGCAUCCGCCAUCGUGAAGACGGCGGAGAACGCCAUUGAGAGUAUCGUUCCCAAGAUGGAGGACGCGGCAAAGGACGCCAUGAACGAGCUGGAGGGUAUCGAUCUGACGGAUCCGGAUCUGCACAAAGCGGCGACGAAAAUCCAAGCGAGCUUCCGGGGUCACAAGGUGCGCCAGGAAGUGGGGACUCCCGGCCAGGAAGAACCCCCCAAAAAUUAAGGAGCAUAAGAGAGACAAAGAGAGAGAGAAAGAGAGAGAGA